AUGCCUCCCUACGAAGCCUACCGCGCGCACCUCGCCCGCCGCUACACCGAAAGCGACGCCUCUGCUAACACUUGUUCGGACCAUGGGCGCAUCGUCGUCGCGUUGGCCGUCGUCUCCGUCCUCUGCGCCAUCGGCUUCUUCCUAGCUGCGCUCUACUGCAUCCGCUUCUGGAAGGCCCGCCUGGCCAGCGAGGCGGACCUCGACUCGCUCAACCUGACGAAGCAGGAGCUCGCUGAGGUGAUUAAGAUCCGCGACGUGCAGUGCGGCGAGGUCCGCCGGCUGCACAAGAUCGCCGCGCGCUACGUCCUCUUGCACGGCAGGCUCCCCCAGGGCGUGCUGGAGCAGAUCGCAGAAGAGAACGAGCGUGCGUCGGCGGACGAGGAGCGCGCGCCGGCGCACAGCUUCCCACGGGACGGGCCGCUGCCUCGGCACGAGGAUGUGUUUGUCGUUGGGAGUGACGAAGACGAAGAGGACGAGACGCGGGUUCGGGACUCGGGCGUCACGAAUGUUAGUGUCUUUGAGACGGACUCGGCUGCGCCGAGGGUCGCGACGACUGGGGUUAUGCAUACCGCUGCUCAAGUUUCCUCCGCAUAG